AUGACCAAGCCUUGGAUUCUGGUCAAGUACUUCCGUAGAGAUGAACCUCCUCAUAGGAAGAAGCCUGAGGAGCAAGAAGAUAGAAAAAUGAGCUGGGUGGUUGAGGUUGACGAUAAACUCGAAAUGAUGGGCAAUGCUUCUUCAAGUUCAUCCCCCAAGAAACAAUCUAUCUACAGAGUACCAACCUUCAUUGCAGAUCCAAACAAGAAGGUGUACAGUCCUCAUGCAGUCUCAUUUGGCCCUUACCAUCACGAUGAGGUUCGUUUGAAACCAAUGGAGUCUCACAAGGAGCGUUCUCUUCUUCAUUUUCUUCAGAGAACUAAAGUUCCUCUAAAAACCAUCUUCGAUUCCUUCGCCCAAGUGGAACAAGAGUUGAAAGAUUCAUAUGAUUCACUUGAUUCUAAGUGGCAAACUGACAACGAAGGCUUCUUGAAGCUGAUGAUUGUUGAUGGCUGUUUCAUGCUGAAAAUUUUUCAGGCAGUCACUAAAACUCCGGCCGAUUAUGACGCCGACGAUCUGAUUUUCGGCAAUCACGGGAAGCUCUAUAUCAUGCCGUUUAUCAAGCGGGCAUGUUGA